AUGGAUCUCGGAGUAUCAGGCUUCAUACUUUUGGCUCUCGGCGGAGCGCUAUUAUUCAUUUGUCUGGUCGCGUGUCUUUACCGCCUCCUCCUCAGCCUUCGGCAGCGACACUGCAAGCCAACCGCCUGUUGGUCAACGGAAUCUCCGCCGGCGGACCAGUUGUCCCCGACGGUUGACCUGCCAACCGAAGGAAGUCGCCACGAUGGCGAAACGACCAGUCUUUUGAGCCUCGAAGACGAUCAUUCUACCGCCUUACACAAACAAACUUUCAGUCUGCCGACCUUCCGUCCAAAGAAUAUUAACUCUGGACGUUCUGUAGGGGACAAAGUCUCUCAGCCUCCUCUUAAGCUGGUCACACGAAAAGGCACUAGUGCGACCCGACAACCGUUGCAGCAGACGUCUGGAGGUCUAUUGUCGGCAAGUCAAGUUAGCGAACUGACGUCAAAUUUGGCUAGCCUCGAGACAUUAGCCGGCCCGACAAGACGACCCAAAGAGUGCCAGACAGUCGUUCAUCCGUGGCCACAACCACAACUCCAACACCAUAAUCGCAACUAUAAUCAUCAAAAACAACAUCAACAAUAUCAUUAUCAAGAAAAGGUGUCACGAGCUGGCUGGGAGUCAUCAUACAGACCUGAUCGCCAGUCAAUUCAACAGGGAUCUGGCUUUUGUGAGAACCAGUCAACUCGCAGAAAGAAACAACGAAGCACGCUACAACGACAACAACAACAUCUAUUGCAGCUUCCGAUAGAGACAAGGCUUUGCGAACAAGAAAAGAUAAUUCAUGUGCCAAUGACAUUGGAAAAAGAGGUAAGAUCUCAUUUCCUUCACUGUGGUAGCCUUAAGGCGUCCAUUUUAUUUGCUCAGAACGUCACAUCAACCGGGGCUAUUGGCUCCAGUUGGCAGUGA